AAAGAGUGUGGUUUCCGCGGCGGCAGGAAGCGGACUUUUUUUGCACCGGCUGCGCUUCCUCCGUAGCAACUUCAAACACCCUCGAGAAACUCCGGCAAAGCCUCGCCGGUCCUUCGCUGGAGUCGCUUCUGCCUCGACUUGAUUUUAUGGUGGACCAGCCCCCAAUGGCUUCGCCCAACGAGGCUCAAUUCCUAGAUGAAUAUGACAUCAUUACUGAAGAAGACAUUGAACAGAUUAAAGAUGCUCUCGAAGAAGGAAGAAUGGCGGACGCUGCGUCCAAGAUUAUGGAAAACUUACAGACCUUGGAGAACGCUCACCUGAAUAUCGCAGUAACAGGAGAGUCUGGCUCCGGCAAGUCCUCUUUUGUCAACGCUAUCCGGGGCCUAGGGGACGAAGAUCAUGGAGCUGCCCCCACUGGAGUGGUGGAGACAACAUUAAAGCCCACGCCGUAUCCACACCCCAAGCACCCCAACGUGAUGGUUUGGGACCUGCCGGGAAUCGGUACGCCCAACUUUCAGUCCGACAAGUACCUGAAACAGGUGGACUUCUCCUGCUACGACUUCUUUAUCCUUCUCGCCUCAGAGCGCUUCAGAUCCAACCAUGCUCGCUUGGCCCAAGAGAUCCAGAAGCAGGGCAAACGUUUCUAUUUUGUACGUUCCAAAGUAGACUUGGACUUGGAGGCCGCCAGAAAGCGUCGACCGCACACCUAUGAUGAGGGGAGCAUCCUUCAGCUAAUCCGCCAGAAUUGCCAAGAGUGCUUAGAGGCUGAAAAUGUGGUCUCUCCCCGCAUCUUUCUCCUUUCCAGCUGGGAGUUGAGCAAGUAUGACUUUAUGCUGCUGGAGGAGACUUUAGAGCGAGAGCUUCCAGGCCACAAGAGACACGCCUUCCUCCUAGCCCUGCCCAACAUCUCCCUAGAAAUCUUGCGCAAAAAGAAACAGGCCUUGCAGAAACAGAUCUGGAAGCUGGCCACUGUCUCAUGCGGUGUGGCGGCCGUGCCCAUCCCCGGUCUCUCCGUAGCCUGCGAUGUGACCAUCCUAGUCAAGUCCCUCUCAGAGUACCGCAGGAACUUUGGCCUGGACGAUGAGUCCUUGGACAAGUUACGAGAAGGUAAGUAAACUCUGUGGAAGAGAUCUGCGGUUAUCGAAAGUCCCUCAAGUAAAGAGAUCUCCAAGGAUGUAGUGGUGAAGAUGCUUACCAAGGCUGGUGGUGGAGCGUUGAUGGUGGUAGAGUAUUUUGCCAGCACAGUGCCCAUAUUUGGUUCCCUGGCUGCUGGGGGGAUCUCCUUUGGCACUACCUACUACAUGCUGUGGAGUUCCCUCAACGAAGUAGCUGAAGACGCUCAGCGUGUUCUCAUCAAAGCCUUAGAGUCUGAGGUUUGAUAUGAUUCUUGGUAUGUUGUGUAGCACAGUCUCAAUGCAGCUCAAGUGAAAUAGAGCUUUUUUCUAUUUUUCCUAGCCCAGAACCCUGCUCAUCAUCUAAUGAAAGCAGGAAGGGAUAUGAGAUUGUGAACACCGGUUGAUGACCAAACUGGGGUUUGCUGUUCUGUAUUUCUGUUGCCUAGUUCGUGUGGAUUCCACUUUAGGAGUCCUGAGAAAAAGAAGUGGUGUAAGUUGUUAAUGAAACUAGAAGUUCUCACCAGUAUUUUUGUGAAUUUACCAUUUCCAAGGCUCUAUGGGCAUUAAAUUGAAUACUUUUAAGUUUGCUCUGUAAAGGUACCCAAAACUUGGUGCUUCCUGGAUUUAGCACACCGAACUAUUGGGUAUUUGCCAGAAGCCUGCUUGCAAAAGCCUGGUCUGUUCAUUAACUAGACAAAAGAUCAGUUUUCAGUAUGAUCUCCCUAGUAGUUUUUAAUUAAAAUAGUAUUUAUUAGAUAAUAUAGUUCAUGGUGCUAUACUUCUACAGAAGAUACAGCUGAUUUGAUUUCGUGGGAGCAGUAUGUGAUGUUACUAUAUUAGGGAACAUACUUUAUGGACACUUGGGCUAAAAGCCUUUGCCGCCCUGAAUUUUUGUAUGUUUUCAAUUCACCACUUUGCGUAACUUGAACCUCUUUCCCCAUUUCUUUCUGUGAAGGUCAUCUAAUUGCAUUGUGCAAACAGGUUCAUUGACCUGGCAGACUGACCCCAACCUAAAUCCUCUGGCUUUUAUGAAGGAAAAAGUUAGUGUCAAAACCUGCUUCCAUCCUAUCUUCUUUCUAAUUCUUGGGAAGAGGGUGUUUUUUUAAAAAAAAAACUUUUUUAAAUGAGAAAAAUUAAAAGACUGUAGAAAUUUUUUUCAAUGGAAAAGAUUCUUUUUUCAAUGGAACAGAUCCUAUUUUCACAAGCUGUUUUGCUCUGUUGUAAGUAGGUCUUGGGAAGUCCACGAAUGAAGGUGUCCUUGAUAGGCAGUUAUAAGAUGAAGUGUGACGAUUAGCCACCCAUUGAGAAAUUCAAACCAGUUAGUUGGACGAGUUCCGAUCUAUGGCUUUUGCCCUUGACCAGCAAUAUUCUCAGAGGACCACGUGAUCUGCAUUAUUGAGAUCCUGAAUUUUGUUUGUGUUUUGACUACAAAAAUUGCAAGCUUUCAGCUUUUAAAAAAAACUGAAUUCACAUUAAAAAAAAUUCUUU